AUGAAUUUCUCUCUCUCGAUCGAUCGAUGGAAGCUCAACACCUUCAUGCCAAGCCUCAUGCUGAAGGAGAAUGGUCCACAGGCUUCUGUGAUUGCUUCUCCGACUGCAAAAACUGUUGUAUCACAUGCUGCGUGCGGUACGGCUGGAGCACUGUACGCGUUGAUAACUGCAGUAACGAGUUGCGGAUGUAUCUACUCGUGUAUCUAUGGUGGAAAGAUGAGAGCUCAAUACAAUAUUAGAGGUAGCGAUUGUGGAGAUUGCCUUAAACAUGUCUUCUGCGAGCUUUGUGCUCUCACCCAACAAUACCGUGAGCUCAAGCACCGCGGUUUCGAUAUGAGUCUUGGAUGGGCCGGGAACGUACAGAGGCAGCAGAACCAAGGUGUGGCGAUGGGUGCUCCAGUCUACCAAGGCGGCAUGACCCGCUAA